AUGCUAAUUCAAUGGAAGGGACUUCACCCUGCUCUUCACCCUAGCCCUCAUCCUCAUAUUCGUCAAGUGGAAACAUCUCCUCUGUACCUUUGGAAUCGGCAAAUCGGGAUAUACUCUUUCCCCUGGGCCCAUCGUUACAGGCCUAAAACUGCUAUUAAUGGUCUGACUACCUUUACUCUGAUCAUCUCUGGCGGACCUAUUAUAUCCCCUUCAGCUACGCUAGGAACCAUCGCACCAACAGGUGCGGUGUCCCAGUCGAGUAUUAGCCACGUGUCAGUCGGGCUUGUUGGCCUUAGUCGCAUAAUCAACUCUUGGGUCGAGCACCCUUACGCCGCCGAGGCUACAGGUGUUAUUCAUGCUAUCGAAAAUAUUCGUCCAGAUAUUGAGGGCCUCCUGAACAAGCUCAAACCCGAUCCGAGCUCAAGUUGUUGUAAGAGCACGAGAAGGAAACGUAUAAAGAGGGACCUCUCCGGCGGCAGCGCCUUCUCGCCCUUGUUUGAUCUCUUGGAUAGCACCCUUUGUUCGGUAAAUGAUAUCACAAAAAAUGACAAGAACAACAUUGUGAACGACGUCAAAUCGAACCUCGAGGACCUUCAGAAUGAGAUUGAAACCCUUGCUCAAGAAACGGACCCGGAUAAUCAGUCCACCCAGUCUUCAAGCCGGCCACCUUCGGAACGAUCAACUUCAACUUCAUCUUGCGCCGCGCCAGCCACAGUCAGCGAUUGCAGUGUCAUUUGUAACGCAGCAACAAUUCCCAUAUCGACCGUAUCUUGUUCCACCACUUGCUACUCGACAUUCUCGGAAUGUAGUGCGACAGGCAGAACCACAUCCUCCAAUGUCGAAGCUUGCACAAAACUGUGCGGUUGGGGUAAUGUGGCCGACGGGGAGGAUUUUCCCAUGUUCUACCCUCUUGGCACAUCAGGUAUAGCUGCGCCUGGUGGCUUCCUCGGUUCCUCUAGAAACAAGUGCCAGCUCCUCGAACCCCUCGAGGACAACAAUCAAGUCGAUAUCAAAUCCCUGCACCGAGCGCAACCCGUGAGGGCUAUCCGAAGUAUACUUCAAGAUGCAGGAUACAGUCCUGACCGCGAGUACUUGGCCAUCUCUAUAGUAGGCCCCAAGGAUGACCCCAUCGCCGACUUCAUCAACACCGUUAGCGUCAGCCAGGGCGUCUUUCUGGCCAAUGCCAACAAUCGUGGUGACCCGCCUGUGCCCUGGCAGUUCUCGACAUCGUUCUGGCGCCGCGAGAUCGACAACGAGGACACCCAGUCCAUCCUUCUUGACGCAUUUACCAACGUCGAUGUCAAUUCCGUCCAGACAUGGUAUCCCAGCGAUACCAAUCAACAUCCCAAACCUUUCUGGGCGCUUCUAGGGAGCCCUAACGGCAACGGGAUCCAGCACUUCUUGACGCAUAAUAAGGUGGCACUCAAGGGAAAGGGAAUCAGAAGUAUUAGUGCGGUGAUAGGAAACAGCGGCUACUUUACAAUGUGGGCUACCUCUGGAUGA